GAAGCAUUUAAUAAAACUGGCAGUUUUUAUAGUGUUUUGUUUAUAUUCAUUUUUGUGUAAUAUCACAUAUUAAAUAAUUAUCAUAUAUAUUUAGAAUGUGUUUUAAUUAUUCUGAUUAAUUGAAAUAAUUAAAUGAUGAUGAACACAUGAAGGCUAAAAAACAGUAAAUGAGUAACUUGUGACAUUGUCUUAAGUAUUUCAUCUUUAUUAUAAUGGAGACUUUAAGAAAUGAUAAUGUACAUACUCCUGAUUCCAUAAGUUCCUUAUCUUGUAUUAAUACAAAUGACAUUAAUGAAUUAUCAAAAGAGAAAGAAGAGGAGCUUUUAUAUGGUACAGGUGAUGAUGGGGAUGAAGAAGAUGCACUUUCAGAUGAUAGUAUACGCCUGAGACUCUCUGAUGAUGAUGAAAUUGAAUCAGAAAAUGUUUUAACAGUUGCUUUAGAUAAUCAAGAAAAUAAAUCGAAAAGUGGUAAAAGUGAAAUAAGAUCUGAGAAACGUGAAGAUGUGCAACUUUCUCCUGUCCCAGAAAAAAACAUAGUGAAAAAUAAUAUUACUGUGAAGGAAAUUCAAAAAGAAGAUUGUUCAGGUAAUGUUUCCAUAAAUGAAAACUUAGUAACUGAUCAAACAAAGGAUAUCAAAAGAAAUGAAAAUAGACCAACAAGGUCACAAGUACUUCACAUGCCUCAUAGACAAAAUUAUGAACCACAAUGGAGAUUUAUGAAUUCUGUUAAUGCUCGCUCGUUUCGUGGUGUUAAUCAUUUUCCAUAUAAUAGAUAUCGUUAUUUAACACCUAGGGGACAUUACAGACUUCAGUCACAUGAUUAUAAUAACAGAUUUAAUCAUACUUUUCCUUCUUUUGAACAAGGAAGAGGCAGUGGAAAAUUCAAUUCGUAUAGCAAAUCAAUGUAUAAUAACAGGCAGCAAAAGAGAGGUUUCAAACCUUGUGUUACAAAAAAAUCUAAUGGUUCAACUGAAUAUCAUCAAAAUUUUGCAUCUUCUUCAAAUACAAAUACUUCAAAAAUUGAAGUUGAUAAUGAUAUCAUAGUUAUAAGUGAAAAUGUUAAUAAGGCAACUGAAAAGGAUAAUAUAUUGGAUAGUGAGUGUUCAAUUAUAAAUGAAAAUAAUGACGAUAAAUCACAUGAAUUACUUAAUAGAAAAGUAGAGAGUACUGUCAGUGAUGAUGUUGUUUCUGAAGAAAGUCAGGCGGAUACUAAUUGUAUCAACGACUUUUCAGAAUUGCAACAUAAAAUCAAGGUUUCAGAGGAAAAUUCAUUAUCUAAUCAUGUUGAAUGUAAUGAUGUUUCAGUUACUGAAGCAAGUGCAUCCAGUAACACUUCCAAUGAAAAAUCUGUGAGUUCUCAUGAUAGUAAUAAACAAAGAGAUAAAAUAAAUAUAAGUAGCACAAUUGAUAAAAAUGUUUAUAUUUCUGAUAAUUCUAAGGAAGUGGAAAUAUUGAGUGUAGAUGUAAAAUCUACAUCGAAUGAAACUGAAAUCACAAGCUGUAUUGAAAAGAAUAACAUAGAUAAUCAACAUGAAGAUGAAACAAUUAAAACUACGACUGAUACGGAUACGAAAAAAAUUGAACAUAUUGAGAACAUCUGUGCGUCAGAGAAAAACGAAGUUAACACUGAUGAUCAGUUAUCAACAGUAAAUCAGAGUACAGAAUUAUCUGAAAGUAGUGAUAAAGGUGUUUCAAAUAACUUAGAAGAAGAAUUGAUAGUAAAUAAUGAAGUAAUAAUAAAUGAAGAAAUAACAAAUGAUAAAGUAGAAGAGACUUUUAAAACACAAGAAGAUGUACAAAAUACGAAUUCAAACGAAAAUGAAAAUAAUGAAAAUAAUGAAAAUAAUGAAAAUAAUGUUAUUGAUACGACGGAUACUACAGUAAUAAAUGAUUUGACAAAUGAGAAAACUAAUAAUGAAAUUAGGAUCAUACAAAAUGAUUUAUCAGUUGAACCAGGUAAAGAUGAGACAUGUCAUAAUGAUCAGUUAAAUACAAACAACAGUACAAAUCUAACUGAAGUAGUUGCUUUUAAAAAUCAGUUAACUCAUUCGGAUGAUCAUGAUCUUCAGGAGCAAAAUGUAAAUGUUACUCAAGACAAUGAAAAAUGUAAAGAAAAAGAAAAAGAAAAUUCACCUACAACUGCUACAAAUAGUACAAUAAAAUUAAGUGACAUUAUUGAAUCCGUAUUGGAUAGAAACAACUUGUUUAAUGUAAAGUCACAAGAUGAAUCAUCGGGUUUUGCUACAGGUGUAAGGGACAAUAGUGAUAACAGUGAUAAAAGGACUGAUGAAGUUUCAGCAAAUACACAAAGAAGAAGGAAACGAACGAAAAAAAUGAUUCUAGCAGUACAAGAAGCUUCUACUGAAGAAGAUAAGCAAGUUAAGGAAAGCGGAAGGCAAAAAAGACAAACAGCAAAACAUGCUGAAGAAAUAAUAAGAGAGAAAUUUCUUAAUCGCGAUAGCGAUUUGGAAUCGAGUGAUGAUUCAGAAAAAUUUGUUACUAUAAAUCAUAAAAUGAGUCAAGAUAUGUGUCCAUUAUCUCCUCCUUCAUUAAAACGUAGUUAUUCUGACAUUGAUAGCACCACUAUGAAUGGUACUGUUAAGAAAGUUAAAAUAGGUUCUACAGAACUAUCUGAUGAAUUAGCAACAAAAGAAAAUAAUUCUCAAAAUAUUAAGAAUCUUAAUUAUGUUCAUAAAUUCUUUCAAAGAGAUUUGAAGGAAAAACUGCCUAAAUUGAAGCAGGAAGAAUUAGAGGAACUUUUAAUACAAAAGAUUGUUGAAACAAUUACAAUGCGCGGUGAAAUAGGUAAAUUGAGAGAGCAAGCGCGAAUCUCGGAACGAAAUCAGGAAGCAACGCGAGCAAAAUGCCAGCAGUUAGCUAAGCAAAUCAAAGAUUUUGAAAUGGUAUUAAAUCGUAACGCUGCUGACAGGCGAGCAAAUAACGAUAAGCCUGUUCCACCAAUAAAAAUCAAUAGAUCGGUUGGAUUACAAGUUAAUUUUGUAACGGAUCAUGGAAUGCAAAAUUUGCGACAAUUGCAACAGAAUUCCAGUAUGAAAGCUUUACAAAUUCCAAAUAAUGGUAAUGCGCCAAAUAUACCUAACAAUGAAACAAAUAACGCAGUGAGUCCAAGAAGAGGUAUUAAAGUGAGAUCUCCUAGACGAACAGAUUCAAUAAACGCACAAACACCGGUGGUGUCGCAAAAUCAUACUCAGUCUUCAAACAUUAUGCCUACCAUAACUCCUGCAGCUUUAGUUGUUACUAAAUCUGUAGAUACACAACAUAAUUUACCAUUACCUAAUCAAUCUAAUGUUCAACAAAUUAUAUCAAAUUCACCAGUACAACAACAACAACAACAACAGACUCAACAAACUAUAGUUUUAAAUGGAAAACUUCCGAAUCAAAUAAAUCGACAAGGUCCUGCUGUAGCGAAUAUUACACAAACGCGAACAAAUGAUCUUAUUGAUCUAACAGAUGAAGAAGAGAAAAGUAAAGCUGCCAGUGCACCAGUGUCUACAACUACAAUAAGUGAACCACAAAUAAGUUUAGCACAAUCUUGCUUCCAAAGGGUAAUUCAAACAAUUCCUGGAAAUGUAGCUAUAACGAAUCAACCUCCUAGUAUAAGAGUAGUACAGCCAGCUAGCCAACCAACACCUACUGCCUUAGUGAAUAAUAUGAAUGCUCCUCGGUUAACAUACGUAAUGCAAAGUGGUGUAGGACCAACAAGACAAUUAUUAAUAACACCAAAUUCUAGCCCGAUGCGGCCAGUAACUUCGUGUAAUAGACCUCCAUUCUCAACUCUAACUUAUAAAACUGGAGUAUCAACAGUUGCAAAUGGAUCGGUUCGAGUUUUAACAACACCAGCUCCUUCAAAUGUACAAUUGAACAAGCAUCCUGCACCAUUACCGGAUACACGAAAUUAUGUUACAAAUCCCCAUUGGAAACUUCCACCCCCUGCACCGUCAUUAAAAAUUUCUAAAGUUGCAAAUGGUAUAGUACUGUCUUGGAAUAUGAAUUUAUCCGACAAAUAUGCAGAUAUUGCUAGUUAUCAGUUAUAUGCAUACCAAGAAAUUGCUGGUAUUCCUCCUAAUACAUCGUUGUGGAAGAAAGUUGGUGAUGUUCGAGCUUUACCACUGCCUAUGGCGUGUACACUUACACAAUUCUCCGAAGGUAAUAAUUAUUACUUCGCAGUUCGAGCAGUUGAUACACAUUCCCGAAAAGGACAGUAUAGUAUACCUAGCAACAUUUCUUUGUAAAAUGUGCGAAUAAUUUUCUAAUUAUUAUUUUAAUUUUAUUUUUAACGUACGUUUACAAUAAGUCUUGAUAUAUAACGAAAACAAAUUUCAUGCAGUCUUCUUAAAUUAUCGUCUAAUUUAUUACACCUAUUACAUGUAAAAUAUAUUUACUGAAAUUACAAGUGUAUAGAUUACACGUACAAAUGAACGUGUUGAAUAGUAAUAAGUAUAUGUUUGAUUAUUAUUAUUCGUACGAUUUCUGGUAACCGCGGUACAGUUAUAAUUAACAUUUCUUUUGUCAGUUUUUUCAUGUUUAUUAAUUUAUAAAGACAGAAAAUAGAAAUUUUA